CUAGCUCACGGACAUAAUUCGCCCACUAACACUACUCCACUCCACUUCUUCGCUCCACUUGACGACCAUUCCCAAAUGAAGGGGGGAGAGGUGAUUCAAGCUGUGAGCUUAGCCAGCUCUGUGGUUUCCAAGCUGUUUGAUGUGAUCGCAAGAGAGAAGACCAUCAGAGGAAAAGUGAAGAGGGGUCUAGAUUCCAUCCGACAGGAGAUGAAGUUGAUGAUCCACGACAUCAACUUAAAUGAGGAGAUGAACCAAGGAGGGACGCAUGAGAUCAAGCUUGUGCUACUGAAGGAGUUGGCUUGUGACAUCGAGGACUUCAUAGAUGUUACCUGGGUUCCGGGAGUAGCGUCUGGCCUCGUCUUCUCGGCCACUGGGAUUGAACCCCGAAAUGAUAUACUGGGAACAAUCGACGGUUUCAAGGAAAGAAUCCUGAGUGUACGGAAUUGGAAGCCCGGCGGUGACGGAUCCAGCCAUGUCGAAGACGGUGCUGGGGCGUGUUCCUGCACUUCAGCUGCAUCUGGUCAUUCUCAUAGUGAAGAGGCUACUCGCAGCAGCCAAAAAGAAGAAAAAGAGGCUAAUCUCUGGGGCAUCUGCAAACACAGAGAGCUUCUUUGCGAGUUGCUGUCAGAAGCCGAAAGGCAACCACCGGCGCUGAAGGUGAUCUCCAUCGUCGGAUGCCGUGGCGUGGGGAAGACUACUCUCGCAAGAGCAGUCUACAACCACUGUCGUGCCUCCGAUGAUUACGACUGCGUUGCUUGGGUUGUGGCAUCCGAAUGCCACCAUCGGGGGAACCUUCCGAGCAAGGUUCUCAAGGAACUUGGAUCAAAUGGGAUAUGCAGCCUCCAACGUUUCUUGCGGGACAAAAGGUGCCUGAUUGUUAUCGACGACGUCAGCGAUCCAAAAGUGUGGAAGGAUAUAAAACAUGAGUUCCCUGAAGAAGGCCCCAGUAGCAGAAUAAUUGUGACCAAAGCGUCCACUCCGUCGCAGCUGAAUGCAGCUGGGGCAGUUAUGUGUAUACAAUGCAAUGUUUGGGCAAAGAUGAUUCAGAAAAGGUAUUCUGGGAAAAGGUUGGUGAAAAGAAUCGAACACCUGCCCUACAGCGUGCUGCACAAGGCAUCCUCACGAAAUGUGGAGAUUUGCCACUGGCGCUGAUCAGCGCAGCUAAUUAUUUGCGCAAACAAGGACAGAUCGUGCUUCACGAGGCGGGAGGGAUCACAGUAAAGCACUGUGAAACCGCUGCCCGCACACUCGGACAGAAGAUACUACACCAAGAUGCCGAGUUCUCUGAUAUUAGUAAAGCUCUUCUCCAGUGCUACAACAAGCUUCCCAAUUCUGUUCACCAGAGCUGCUUGCUUUAUGCCAGUGUGUUCCCCAGAGGCCGCCCGAUUAACAGCAAGGUUCUGCUUAGAAGAUUGAUGGCUGAAGGAUUAGUUGUUGCAGAUGGCUGUCCCACCGAUGAAGAAGAUGCCAAAGGCUUUUUAGAUAAAUUCAUUGACUGCUGUAUCAUUGAACCCGUAGAGAUCAACAAUGACAGGGUUGUCAGGUGCAAAGUUCAGAGUAUAAUGCUCGAAUUCAUCAUCCACAAGGCGGUGUCAAAGAAUUUUAUCGCUCUGGUUGACAAAGAUGAGCUUCUGUCAAACAAAGGAACUGUCUUAGGUGUCCGUGUCCGCCGGCUCUCUGUUCAGGAUAGCAGCGAGGAAGGAAUUGACGAAGCUGUUAAAGGUAUCGACUUGUCAGUUAUGAGGUCGCUAACGAUCUUCGGAAGCCCUCUUCUUGACCUCCAAGCCUGCAAGUUGCUGCGAGUUCUGGAUCUGGAAGGUUGCAAGGGGUUCUGGAAUGAUGAUGUUUUCGGAAUCAUAUGCAAUCUGCUGUUUCUAAAGUACCUCAACCUCAGGCACACUGAUGUUGUCCAUCUUCCCGCAAAAAUACGCAGCCUAAAAUACUUGGAAACCCUGGAUAUUCGAGAUACAGGGGUCCAUGUUGUCCCCACUGAAGUCAUCAGUCUACCACGGUUAGCUCACCUGUUUGGCCAGUUUAAGCUAGCCCAUGGAAUCAAAGAGGAAACGUCAAAGAAAAGUAGACUGCAGACUCUGGCUGGAGUCGUCGUUACCAAGCAGGAAGACCAAAGUUUUGAGAACAUUAUUCUUCACGCUGGAAAGUUGAGGAAGGUUAAGAUCUAUGAAAGAACAUCACAGUCCUCCAACAUCUGUCCCAGUAAUAGAAGGUUGAGACUAUGCACUUAUUUUGGACGCCCUGGAGGAGCAUCGUCCUGCAAGUCGCCCUUGUUGCAAAUUAAGGAACGCUUCACCGGCAACAAAGCUCUCCAUGUUCUAUCAAUCAACUCAAGUUACUUCUCUACAGAGUUUGUAAAUUACUUACAGGCUCCCUGUGCUAUCACAUCUCUCAAACUACGGGGGAAACUGAAGGGUUUGCCUGAUACUACUACCCUGGAACAGCUGGUCAAUCUAAAUAAGCUGAUGCUCAUCUCAACUGGCUUGAGCGGUCAAGAUUUAUCGGCCCUGCAGAGUCUAGCUUACUUGCAAUAUCUCAAGCUAGCAGAAGAACACAAUGGGUUUCCAGCCGGCAGCUUCGUUGUGAAGAGUGGUGGAUUCCCGAGCCUAAACCGACUGUGCCUCGAGGCCCCAGAGCUUCCCCAACUGGAAUUCCAACCCGGAUCUAUGAAUUCUCUGACCAUUCUUGACCUAAUUUGUCCACAUCCAGAUAUGCCAGAGCCUGGUUCUUCGGGAAGCAGGUCUAGCGUGGUAGGCCUAUCAAAUCUUGAGAAUCUCAACGAGGUGAUCCUCCACUACUCUACCAUGGAGCAAAAAAUGAGAGCAUGGAAAGAGGAAGCGCUUAGGCACAAAAACAGGCCGUCUGUGAAGAAGCAACCAAAACCAAUCAUCCACGCGGCAUAGCCGUGAAUGACUGUUUGUGUCCCUAUGUGUUUUAGUCUGGUUCGUUCGCGUGUAAUAAUUGUCAGAGCUGCAUAUUACUGCGCCCUUUUGAGGCAUCGAGCAGCACGAUGAUGUGGUUUGGUUUUUGUAACUUGUUCACCAUGUAUUGAUUGUGAUUGUACCAAAACGUUGGUGUAUGCAGUGAAUCGAUCAUCUUAUUCAAUAUUCA